UCCUCAAGAAAACGAGACAGGAGAGAAAAGACAUAAGACACUGAUUAGCACAGGUGAGAAGACUGAAUACUAACUGGGAGACAACAUGGUAACGAGGGGGCGGAGUUACACCAAACUUAAAGGAAAGCACAUGGCAGGCUAUAACCCAUACAAUGUGCUCAACAAGAGACAAAAUAUUGAUAAGAGAAAACAGGAACUGUGACAAAAAUGGUUCUUCUAUAGCUUUGCCGUACAUAAUCUUUUAAUCACCUUUAUUUUUUAAGAGUGUAGUAUCACUGUAUGAUGUGAUUUGUAAUGCGAAUUAACCAAGACUUUAAAGCCAAAAAAAAAACACGUAGGCCUACAGAAUGUCUCCAAACAAAUGCAAAGAUAUUGUGCAAUAUAUAUAUAAGUUUCACCUCGGUCACAUUUUCAACGAAAACAUCCCACAGUUUACCCCAGUCUUUUACCCUUAGCAAUCCAAUUCUUUCUAUUGGAGUGGACAACUUUUCUAACUAUAAUUUGCCCCAAACGCUCGUUUACUUUUUAUGCACUAAAUGCGAAUCUACCCUUACUUUCUUUUACCUAAUUUGUACCUUGUACAGCUACAUUUAAACCCAGACUAGAUUUAGAGAGAGGGAGAGAAAAGUCUGGCCGUAACUGGAUCGGUAACGGAACUGCCCCAUUGUCCUCGUUAAAUUCCUUUCCCCCGCGCCAGUCUCCAGUUCUCGAGGACAGCGAGGCUCGUGCGCCCGUCCUGCUCCUCUAUUCGUAUUGGCUGAACGGAGACCUGUGUCGAUUUUUUAGUUUAUAUAUUUAGCAGCUGAGGUCGGACUCAUAUUCCGUCGCGCGUGGAAAGCGCUGUUCAUCUGCAGUGCUGCCGAGCGCUGGAUAACUGCAGUGUGUUGUGCCGCGUGCUGAUUCAGUGAACGCUCGAGCUCAACACAUUAAACUUGUCAUCUAUCACGGCGAAUGUUCUUCGUAACCGAGCUGACUGGAAGACGGCUGAAGUAAACAUUGUUUUUCUGGACCUGGAUAUUUGAUCUAGCCUCGUCUUGUGGCCUUGCCGAGAAGCUUCUCUCGAAAUGGCCAGUCCUGGAGACGACACGGCUUCGAAUGCCCUUUCGGAUCAAGCCGAAUCUGUGGAAAAUACCCCCGAAAGAGCGUUUCUAGAAGCCCAGAAAUGGAUCGAGGCGGUGACAGGAAGAGGAUUUGGUGAAAAGGAUUUCAGAAGUGGAUUGGAAAAUGGCAUUCUGCUCUGCGAGCUGCUUAGUUCAGUCAAACCAGGCCUUGAAAAGAUUAACAGACUUCCAACUCCCAUUGCAGGACUAGAUAAUCUGACCAUGUUUCUGAGAGGAUGUGAAGAGUUGGGACUGAAGGGAUCACAGCUGUUUGAUCCUGGAGACCUUCAAGAUACAUCGAUACGAGCAAACCUAACGGGCUCUGAUUGCAGUAGGAAACUGAAGAAUGUGCUCAUAACUAUAUAUUGGCUCGGUAAAUCUGCUAACAGCUGUGCUACGUAUAACGGCCCCACGCUUAACUUGAAAGAGUUUGAGGGACUCCUUUCCAUGAUGCGAAAGGAGUGUAUAAGUGAAGAGUUGGACUCCCCUAAGCGCAGCAUAAGGGACAGCGGUUACAUCGACAGCUGGGAAUCGGAGCGCUCGGAUUCACUGUCUCCUCCGAAACACGGUCGUGAUGAUUCUUUUGACAGUCUCGACUCAUUUGGCUCACGAUCGCAGAACACACCGUCCCCAGACACUGUUAUUUGCUGCAAUAGUGACUCUGAAGGUGACGGCAGUCAAAGAAAGCUGCCGGAUGUUCGCAAAGAUGACAUGUCUGCCCGCCGCGUGUCUUACAAAGAGCCCCGCGCCUCUCUUCCCUUCAACCAGUACCUGCCGAACAAAAGCAACCAGACCACCUACCUACCUGCCCCUCUGAGGAAGAGGAGGAGCGAUAGAGAGGAAGACAGAAGGAGUAUGUCAACAUCACCUGUAGGAGGCGAUAGACCUCUCAGUCAGGCUGACUCCACCUCCUCUGAGGUGUCAAUCAUAACUCGUGAGGACAAUCCUUUUCUGAAUCCUGAAAAAAAGAAAGCGAAAGAAAGAGAUGAGGACGAUGAGAGAGUGGUAGAACAGAGGACAGUCAUCCCAAACCCUGAGAAAGAUGAUCUAGCAAAGAGGCGGUCUGUAGGAGGGCCACGCCCUCCCAUAGAUCCUCAUCAGUCAUUGGUCCGGUCUUCCAUCACUCAGUCAGACCUGGAGACAUGGCAGAGGCUCAAGAUAAAUACAGACAACAGUGAAGCUGAUUCCAACCUUGCCGAAGUGUCAAUCAUAACUCGCAAGGACAACCUCUUCCUGACCCCUGAGAAAGAGAGUGAACGUGUGGAGGAGAAUAAAGAGGGGGCAGACAGAGAGGCAGGGGGGAGGGUUGUGGUGCCCAAUGUCAAGAAAGAUGACCUGGCCAGAAGGCGGGGCCAGAGUGGGCCCGCCCCACAGAGAGAUACUCGCCAGUCAUUGGCUCAAACGACCAUCACUCAGUCAGACCUGGAGAAGUGGCAGAGACUCAAGAUGAAUACAGAGAGCAGGAGCAUGAGUUUGAUUGACAUGCGCGAUGAAGAGGACGAGAUGGCGUACCUUCAGACGCACAGCCAAUCACGACAUGAGCGCCUACACAACCAGUACAACAAAGUCAAAGAGGAGGAGGACCAGUGGCAAGACGAUUUGGCACGCUGGAAAAAUCGGAGACGAAGUGCCUCUCAGGAUCUGAUCAAAAAGGAGGAGGAGAGGAAGAUGAUGGAGAAGCUGAUGUCCACGGAUGGAGGAUCUGGCCAUCGCAGGAAGAGCAUCAAAACUUACAAAGAGAUUGUAGAGGAAAAAGUGCGUCGGGAACAUGAGCUACAUGAACAGUACUGUAAGGCCUCCACCCCAGAGGAGAAAGCAGCCAUACUUCAACGCUACGCUCUCCGCUUCACCAUCAGCGAUGCCAUACUGGAGAAACUUCAGCUCCCUAAACUGCCUUCCGCCAUUACGCCCGUGCGCACCUCGCCUCUACCUGAGCCUGUGAAACAGUCCACGCAUUCAAUAGAAGCAGAGGUUGCAGAGCCUACACAAAGUUCCCCAACACAGCACAGUUUACCGACAGGCCAGCAAACGGCACAGAACCAAGUGCAGAGAAAGCCCAAAACACCUGAACAAUUUCCUAACAAAACCAUCAAAACUCCCGAAGUCCCACCAGCGCCUGCACGUCCACUUCCUUUAUCCUCAAAGCAUGUGCCACUUAUCACCCCAAAACCCUACAGUCAGCCCAAACUCAACCAGGGGCCUCGAAAUCCACUAAAGGCCGAUGGCUUUAUGCGUUUGAAUGGUGAGAGCACACAGAACGACAACAGACAGAGUGGUGUUAAAGGCUCUCUGGUGCAUUCUGUCCCAUUCUCUUCCACACUUUCAAAGCCAGCCACUCAAAGUCAACCAAAUGAGGAGCUACAUGCAUUAGAAACUCCCCACCACCAGCAGAACUCACCCGUGUCUGUUCCUGAACAGGAGAAAGAGACUGUAAAGGAAGAAAAAGAAUCUUCUCUUAGCAUUCAGGAAGAAACCAGCAAAGAAGACAUCUCAUCUACACAGUCUGAGUCAGAACCUGAAGGAAAGCAAACAAUUCCUGAACCUGUUGUGAAGCGUAACUGCAUUGUCACGACAACCAUUGUGACUGAACUUACUCAGACACACCCCCUCCAACCAAAUGAUACGUCCAGCACAGACCAGCUUUGUACCUCACUUCAGAGUUCAUGUGAUGUAAACUCAACUACUGAGUCCAGCAAAGCCGACAAGACUUCAUACUCACAGUCAUUGACAGGCUCCUCAAGUAGCUCUAGAUUACGCUGGGAGUUCUUCGCUCCAACAGAGAUGAUUGACUACUCCAAUGAAUGUAUCGAAACCCCAAUGUUGAACCUUACAAAAAGGGUUAACCACUGGACGUGGGAUCCUAAUGAAGAGCGUAAACGGCAGGAGAGAUGGCAACAAGAGCAGGAACGCCUGCUGCAGGAGAAAUAUCAGAAAGAGCAGGAGAAGCUGAAGGAAGAGUGGGAGAGAGCGCAGAGAGAAGUGGAGGAGGAGGAAAGGAGACAUCAUGAGGAGGAGAGGCUGAUUCUGGAGGAAACCCUGAGCCCUCGCACCUCAGAAUUGUCCUCUAAAAGUGUGACGCAGGACCCCGGUCUCAGCCAGCCCCCACAUGACACCAUUGUCCUCUCAUUGGCUGACUGGGAAAGGAAACAGGAAAUGAUGGAGAAACAGGCACAGAUGAACCAGAGUAAUGGACUUACAGACAGCCCUGACCAAGUGAGCACAGCAGUUCAGCAGAACGGACAGAAAACUGAACCACAGGAGAGCCAAACAGCCACGCCACAACUGCAGUUCAUACAGGAUGGCUCAUGGAGUUGUAAAUCUAAAAGCAGACAAGAGGAUUUGAAGAAAACUGCCUCGCUGGACCGUAACCAGAGUCCACCCCAGAGUCAGAGCUCAGGGAUGAGGAGGACUGGGUCGUGCGAAAACGUUUUAGGAACACACCCAUCAAAAUCACCCUCACCAUCACAAGACACAUCGCCUCCAUCCCCCAGCAGGUCAAUAAGUGGAAAGAAGCUUUGCUCCAGUUGCACACAUCCUUUGGGAAAAGGAGCAGCGAUGAUCAUAGAAAGCUUGGGGCUGUACUUUCAUAUUCAUUGUUUUAAGUGCGGCAUAUGUAAAGGGUUGCUUGGAGACACAAGCGCCGGAACAGACGUCAGAAUUCGAAACGGCCUUCUUAAUUGUCAUGAAUGUUACAUAAAAUCACGGGCUGCCGGCCAGCCAACAACAUUGUGAUGAACCCCUGAUUCUUAUUAUGCAGAAAUGGAAAGUAAAUCAAGCCAGGAUCUCACCCAAAAUGACCGAUAUAUUUCUACAAAGUUUCCGACAAUUUUCUUUAAAGCACAAUUAAACAUAGACAAUUAUGUCAAAACUGGAAUCAUGGGUACAACUGGUUUUCCUCUGGACUGGAAAAAAUAUUACAGAUUACUGGAUUCACACUUGCUUGAUACUGGUCGGACUUUCCCUCACAGUGUCGAUGUCACACAGGUCAGAUAGGGUUCAUUCGAUAAUCAUUUUGGCAAACCGACUUAAGGUUUUAUAGACGUUCUUGUACAUGCAUAAAGAGCGUUUCGGCCCAAACAAUAGCAAGCUAAUUGAUGUUAUAGACCUUUUCUACAAAGAAAAUACAUAUUGACUACAUGUUGUUUAUGAUUUAAUACACAGCAACAUGGACACUGUAAUGUUAAAUGUGACUAAACUAUCCGUUAUUAUUGUGAGGAGUAUGAGGUAGCACACGAAUCCAAUUUUGAAGAAAAAUAUCUGUUUAUUAUUUUAUAAAUGAUAAAUCUCUGUGUUUUCUAGUGGUCUUGCAGAUGUCUCACAUUACACAGUAAUACACAAUGUAUUUCUACAGGAGAAUAUGUAUUUCUAACAGAAGAAUUGAUACAUUUACAAUAAGGUUGCAUUUUUAACUUUAGUUAAUGCAGCAACUAAAAAUAAAAUAAUAAUAACACUUUGAUUUUCAUUUUUACAUAUUCUAAUACAUUGUUUUACAUUUCAUACGGUAUAAGUAAACAUAAGUCAAUACACAAAAUAACAAUUGCAUAUUCAUCUUAUGAGAUUAAUGCAUUAACUAAAGUUAAUGAUUUGAAACUUAUUGAAAAGCAUUAUUGACGGACGCAUGAUUUGCGACAAUAAGGCCUAGUUCAUGUCCGGAUGCCUUAACUGACUAUGAUACGAGUAGACAUGGGAUUGACAACCGCUUUUAUUUGUGGUUUCUAAAAAUGUGGAGUGGUUUUAAAUGUUCCUUUCCCUUUUUUGCAUUUCCUAUUUUAUUGUUUGAUCAGUGAGGAGUUUGAUAAUUUAUUUGUGCAGUAUUGUUUAACAGACCACGUAGAGAGCAUGUUGUGUCAAUGCACAUUUAGCUUGCGGGUAGAUCUUCACAUUGCCAUUAGAAUAUUUUUCUAACUUUCUGUGAAUCUUUUUUUUCUGUUUUGCUCGGCAUUUGAAUGUUAACAUUGCAUGGGCCCUGAAACUUUCAUUGGCGAUUCUUUAAAUUACGGUACUCCUGUCAAACAUUUCAAGCAACGUAAUUGAGUUCUUGUGGAAGUAACGUUAAGAUAACUUCACAUCAGUACUUGUGCCUUAGAAAUGCGCACCUAGAUAAGGUCUCGUGUUGUUCACUCCUGCAUCCAAAGCUUCAAUUUACCAAUAUGUAUUGGUGAAAGUAUUAUGCAUAUGCACCGAGCACUCUGCUUCCCUUUAUUCAGAAUUGUUUUGAGCAAACAAAAGAGAUUUAAUAGGAAGCCCAUCCUCUGUAUGUAAUGUAUGCUGUUCAUGUGCAUUUAUAGAUGCUUUAAAUAAACUGGAUCUCAUUCUACUUUGAAAUCAAAUACACACAGAUUAAACUCAGCACCAUCAAAAAUAACAAAUUCUUAUUGCUUUUCUAACAUCUCUAUUAGCUUUGUUAAUAUUUGAGAUUUGUUGUCAUUCAGAUGGGAGGAUUUGAACAGUUAACUGUGUAUCGUUUGUUCUAUUUUGUGAUGUAAGAAUAUGAACUGAAUCUAGAUCUGUAGUAAGGCAAUAAUUACUGGAAGGAGUAGCCAAGAGUGAGUGAGUGUGUGACGAAUAUCUUCAUAUUCCGUAUUUAUUAUACCCUUGAAAAUGAGCGAUUUAAGAGAACCUACAAGAUGCUGAAAUGCAUUGGCUUUUAUAGCAGGUGUAUGUUUUUAAAUAAACUAUAAUAAACUAUUUUAAAUGCA